AUGUUCAACACUUCAACAUAUAAUCAAUCCGGAAUGCCUACCCCAACACCACAGACAGCCAUAGUUGACCCACAACAAAUGCCACAACCACCACAGCUUGCAGCGAUGGAAACCCAGAAUAUAGGAUUGAUGAGUACAAUACGACGGAAGAUGAGAGAAGCUGCUGGUAUCUACAAUACCGGAGAUCCUUAUCAUCAGACCUGGUAUAGCCCUUCUGGACAUCCCCAAGCAGUCCCAAGGGAUGAUCAAUAUGGGCAGACGAGGAUGCCAGUCCCAGAGAACGUACAAAUAUCCGGUAGUUAUCAGCAGCAAGCACAACAGGUUCAAGCACAGGCACAGGCACAGGCUCAAGCUCAAGCACAACAGGCACAACAGGCACAACAGGCACAACAAGCACAACAAGCACAACAAGCACAACAAGCACAACCAAUGGGACAGCCGUACGGAGGAAUUUAUCAACAACCGUCCUACCAGCCACAAUAUGGAAUGAUUCCUGGAUAUGGGCCUCAAUAUAAUCAACCUGUCCAGAUGAUGGCACAACCACAACCACAACCACAGCCACAGCCAAUGGGAAUACCAAUCCAGAUACCACAGGCAUAUCCCAUGUCUCCUAAUCCUUAUGAUCCAUAUUAUGCUGCGCAAAACCCUGCCUAUCAGCCCUAUCCUUAUGCCCAACCUGCCUACGACAUAUACGGUCAAAGACGCUAUUAUUAUCCUGAACGAAACUAUGUCAGUACUGUCAAAGAUCUUUGGCAGUAG